AUGGCGAGAGCAUCACUGUCCUCUCCGGAAAAGCAACACUUCUUCCAGCCUCUUCUUCCCGGCUUUCGGAGCCACCUCAGCAUUCCUGUGGAAUUCUUCUUCGACCACAUAGAGGGAAAACACGAGGGCAAGACUGUAAAGUUGAUAUCAGAUGCGUCGGAGAGAAAAUGGAAAGUGAAGAUGGAAGGCCAAAGACUCACCCAAGGCUGGAGAGAGUUCGUCGAGGCACAUAAUCUUCGAAUCGGUGACUUUGUCGUCUUCAGACACGAAGGAGACAUGAAGUUCCAUGUCACUGCUCUAGGACCCAGUUGCUGUGAGAUCCAAUAUCCCAUGUCUUGUAAACGCGGCGAAGACGAAGAUGAAAGCGAUGAAACUGAAGUGAAAGUUGAGGAGGAUCUGACAGCAAAACCUAAUCGGUCUUCAUCUGAUCUCAAAUGUUUGAGUCUAACUGUGACAGCUUCAAACAUAUCAAGAGAUUCAGUGGGUUUGCCCACAGCUUUCAUUAAACAAAACGGAUUGGACAAAGGAAGUCAAAAGAUACUUUUGAUGAACGAACAAGGAAAGUCAUGGCCUUCAGAAGUAACGGGCAUGGUGUCUGGUCGGGUUUCCAUAGUUCGAGGUUGGAAACGUUUCUGCACCGCAAAUGAACUAAAAGCUGGAGAUUCUUGCACAUUCACACUGCUCCAGAAGAACGAAAAGCCUGUGUUUCGGCUCUCCAGCCGCACAAAGGCGGAGCCAAAGAAGAAGAUUCGGUCCGCGGAAGAAAACGUGGCUGAAAAAACUGGACAUAACCGGUUUGUGAAGUUGACUGUUUCACCUAACAGCCUUGAGAGUGGUAAACAGUGUCUACCGCUAGGUUUCACGAGAGUAAACGGACUCGACAAGCCGGGGAAAUUAAUCCUGCUGGACAAAAAUAGUGUUGAGUGGUCUAUGAAACUUAAGGUUGGUAAUAAUGGUGGAUCAAUGUAUAUUCGUAAUGGUAAUGGUUGGAAAAAUUUCUGUGCCGCGAAUGAAGUAGGCGCAGGGGAGUGUCUAACUUUGGAGUUGAUCCGAGGAGGCGCAAGACCUUUGCUCAAGUUCUGCUCCAAGAUGGAACAAUUAGCAUGUGAAGCAAUAAAGGCUCGGUCACACAAGAGAGCUCGAGUCCAAAACAGGAGUCAGGAGACUAGACCGAAGCUUGAGGUAAGGGAGACUGCAGAAGGAGAAUCCUCUCGUCGCAGUAGAGCAUCUAACCAAGGGAACUUGCCGCAUACGCAACCUUGCUCUGUCUCGGAUCAGGUGGCUAAGGUGAAACAGAGUGUUGUAGAUGCUUUAACUUGUGUCAGACGGUUUCAAACCCAGCUCGAGACAAUGGAUAAUAAACUAGAAGAUUCAUUGCGGGAGAUUGACAACUUAGAGAGGAGAACUGGAGAAGACAAUGGGAAUAAAAGAACAACCUCAACCUCAAGUAACAAUCAAGUUUAA